UGCCGAAGCAUACGAGCAGAAACAAAUCGCUGCGAGUGCGAAACUAAUUCAUUCCAAUCCUCCACGUCAGGCACCUAAGCAGUAGCACAUAACGAUAUCCACUUCAGUUUUCUUGUCCAGACUAACAACCUGAAAAGCGAGUAUUUUAUACGGCCACCAGGUCUGCACGCACCCGGCACCUAGUUCUCUCCGUUGCAAGCCACUCCUCCCCACAAAAUCUCUUCUUUCCCCUCUACUUCUCCAAUUGAGGCGUGUUGCGCGAAAAUUGUGGGCAUUUUGAGUUUCGUUGCGCGGAAAAGAUUUCGUUUUCCAGUUCGAUUUUAUGCCAAAAGUGAACUAGAAUUUUUCGCCGGAUUGAUGAAGGCUUCUUCGCGGCAAGCCACAUGAAUUAAGCGGAGCUGUGGCGGCUAUCCAACCGUUUCCGACCGGAUAGAGAAGAAAGGUGUCCACUGAGGAAGGCAUUGGAGGCUAAUCCGAAGAAAUUAUCCAAAUCCCUGCAUUGCUCGCGUCAAAAAAUUGAUGGGAGCUGCGCCGUCGAGCGUGAUGGGGCCAGAGGGGUACGGCCGGGAACGGGGCCAGACGUCGCUGGGCGACAUGCCGGAGGGCUGCGUGGCGGCGGUGCUGCUCUACCUCGACCCGCCGGAGAUCUGCCACGUCGCCCGCCUCAACCGGGCGUUCCGCGGGGCGGCCUCCGCCGACUGCGUCUGGACCGCUAAGUUUCCUGCCAACUACCGGUACUUAGCCGCGCUCGCCGCUGCAGCCGACGACGACUGCGGCUGCGACGACCCCACCGAAGGCAAUGUCAGGUGCUGCUCCUCUGCGACGAUCAAGAAGGAGAUAUACGCGCGUCUAUGCCGGCCCACCCACUUCGACGGUCGCACCAAGGAAUUCUGGAUUGAAAAGAACAAGGGAGGCCUUUGCAUGUCCAUAUCUUCAAAGGCUAUGUCGAUCACAGGUAUAGAUGAUCGGAGGUAUUGGAGCCACCUGUCCACAGAGGAAUCAAGAUUUCAUAGUGUUGCCUAUCUUCAUCAAAUCUGGUGGCUUGAGGUGGUUGGGGAGGUUGAUUUCUGCUUUCCUGCUGGUUCAUAUAGCCUUUUCUUCCGGCUCCACUUGGGUCCACCACACAAGUGGAUGGGCCGCCGGGUCCGUAGCUCUGAACUCAUUCACGGUUGGGACAUCAAACCAACACGGUUCCAGCUCUCAACUUCGGAUGAUCAGCAUUCUACAUCUGAGCACUAUCUAGAAAGACCAGGAGCCUGGAUCCUUCACCAUGUCGGCGAUUUUGUCGUAUCGAGUUCAGAUGAGCUGACGAAACUCAAGUUCUCCAUGAUGCAGAUUGAUUGCACACAUACAAAAGGUGGUCUAUGUGUCGACUCUGUUCUUAUUUACCCCAAGGAUCACCAACACGAGGAGUGCAUAAUCUAUGAGCAAAUUUUGUAAAAACAAGCUGCAUCACUCCAUGCAGCAUUGAGUGGGAUGCCUAGCCUUUUCCCCAGUGUGCAUAUUCUUUUUCCGAGAGUUUUGCAUGAACAUAAAGCCUUUUCCUGUAUUUUUUUUGUAGUGUUAGUCAAAUAAGUAGGGACAUGGGAGUCAGGAAGAUUUAGAUGUAGGUAUAUUGAUGUACGAUUCCUAGAAAUAGCAGUUUCCUUUGUUGUUCAUUGAGAUAGUGAUGUUUAGGGAUAAUGUUUUCCUGGAUCUUAUGGUAGUGAGAUCUUGUAUUUAAACAGAUUGGGAUUUGAGAACACUGAUGUUUCCA